GCUGGCAUUGUUAUUAUCAAUCAUCAGUGACACCAUUGACGUCGUAGGGGGAGGGUGUUCUAGUGCUCUAUUCCUUUUUAUUAUUUUUAUUUCGUCGCUAUGAGGAUCUUGGGUGUGCUCGCUUUCCUCGCCUUUGUGGGAACAUGCUUUGGGGCCGGUGGCGGAGGAGUGGUGAGCUCAAGCAGCAGCAGAGGUUCGCUCACAGACACAGAGGGAACUCGGCGUCUCCAGGAAGGUAAACCCUUACUACUGACCUGUGACUCCAAUGCAACAGAACAUCACGCUAUAUGGAUGAAGGAUGGAGAGGAAGUUACAGAAAGUGACCACAUAAAGCUGUUCCCAAACUCUAGUUUGUACAUUGGUCCCUCAUCAAAAGUGACCGGGGCAAUUACCGUGAAAAUUUUUUCAGAGGCCUUGAGAAAAGUUUUUUAUUUGUUGGAACUCUCUCUUCAUAAAAAAAUGCCAAAGUCCAAACAGUGGGAGAAUGACAAAAGCCCUCCAUGUCAGGUUCGGGGUGAUCCUAUUCCUGUUCAGUGGCUGAAAGAUGGAGAAUUACUUCAGGACAUCAUCAACUCUUCAAGACUUGCCUUGUCUGAAAAUGAGCACCACGUCCCCAAUGCCACUCUACUAAUCAAACCUGUAAUGAAAACAGAUGAUGGAAACUACAUUUGCCUUAUCUCCCAGUAUACAAUCCAGUGGAACACAACUACAGAUGUGCGAGUCAAAGACAUUUAUGCUGCAUUGUGGCCUUUUCUGGGCAUUGUAGCUGAGGUUGUGUUGUUGUGUACAAUUAUCUUCAUCUAUGAGAAGCGCCGCAUAAAGCCAAACUUUGAUGACUCUGAUACUGACCAGAUAGCAGAACAGAAGAACCAAGUUGAAAACAACAAGGAGGCUGAAAUAAGACAGAGGAAGUAGGGAAGUUGUACCACAACCUGAGGAACAAGAAAAAUAGGCAUCCUUUAAAAAACAGCUGUUGGACAGAAAGCACUGCCAUAACGAGUGCUCAUCAAAUAAUCGUACUAUAGAUUAGCAAAAUUGAUUUUACAUAUUAGAGAUUUUAAGAAGAAAUGUAAGAGCACUACCUCUUGAGAACCAUUGAUUACUAGGGAAGUAGAUCAGAUAUUUGUAUCUUUUUUGAGAAAGUUGUAUUAAAUUGAGUUUUUUUGUACAUCUGCAGGAAGUGUAAAUGUACUAAAAGAAUUUAAAGAAAACCUAGUGUAUUUAUGUACAUCCAGGCACAUGUUCAUUUUAGGUUUCAAGGGUGUAAAUGGGUGUGUAAAAUUAUUCUACUCAUUAAUAGGAAAGAUUAUGUAAGCAGUGAUUGAUUUAGAUUGAAAACAUUAAACUACAUUAAGAGCAUUUUUACUUUUAUAACAAUAGCACAGUACAUUGUUUACAUAAUAAAUAUCCAUUUAUAAUAAAAUCAAAAUACAUAUAUUAAUUAUUACAGUAAUGGUUAACUAAAAUAGGCACAGUGUAAUAAGGUAGUAGAUUUCUUUUGUUUUUUUUUCAACACUUGCUAAAAAUUUUAGUGUUACUGCCCCAUAAGAGUUGUAUACAUUCAUUUUAUGGCUUGUAUAUUUUUUAUUUGUAUAUAUUUCAUAACUUGGGCUAUGAUGACCCAUACUGUACAAUUAUAUAAGAUAGUUCUCAUCUUUCAGUGUAGAGCACAAUAAAAGUGAGAAAAGAAAUGAGGCCUUUUUGCAAAGAACUUAAUGGUAAAUUAUUCCAUUCUUGAUGUGAAUAAUUCUCCUCCAUCAGCAAAUAUGUGGUGAAAUUUUAAAGGAGUUGCAUGCAGUAUCUGAAAUUAUUCUUCCCAAAUUAGUGUGUAUAUUGAAGAAUGGGACACGUGCAACAUUUGGGAAUCUUUAUUGAGGUAACAUUUCACUAGCUAGUUGCUGCUUCAGUCCAAUACGGAGAAAGAUGAGGAGGAGUUUUAGGUAAUCAGUCCCUUGGCCUGGAGUCAAUUUAUUCGGUCCAUCAGUCUUGGCUGGCUAAGCAUUUCCUCAGUAAAGAUUGCCAAAUGUUGCUCAAGUGUCUCAUUCCUCAACUUGUCGGUUUUCUGCACUAUUGACACCGCAGUAUAUAUACUAUAUUUUCUUUUAUGCUGAAAGGCUCUAUUCUUGUAAUCUCGUCUAAAUUUAAGAACUGAAGAGCCCUGAAAAAUACAAUUUUGUGAAUUAUUAUUCUGUGUCAAAAAUAUUAAAAUUUUGAUGAUUGUGACCAAAAAAACAGUAGUCAUUGUUUGGAAUACUGUGGAAAUGGGGAAUUGUAUUUUAG